AUGAGAGACUUUGACGGAGACUUUGGCCGAAAGAAAGCUCAAGAACUUAAAAUUACAAUUUUCCCAUCAUGCGAGGAACUUGGAUCAAGAGUUGUUUCGAAAGAGUCGCCAAAGCCGAAAGAGCCCGUGUCCGAAGCAUCUCAAUAUUCGGACGAUGACGACUGGCAAUUCAAGCCAAAAGAGUCUCAGAACUCAACCAAGAGUUCAGAGAAAAUCUCGCUCAUUGAUGCCAUUUCCGCGCUGGAAAAAAGGUUCGACACAAUUUGUGUUACCGAGAAGCCAAAGUUACAGUCAGAAGAAUCCGAAGAGCCCGAAUCUGAAGAAUCGAAAGAGUCUUCAGAAGAGCUUCCCAAUUCAGAAUCUGAAAAAUCAGCUAAAGAGAUAAGUUCCGAGACAUCUGAGGAAGUUUGGAUCGAGAAGCCGUCCGAGUCAUCGUCGUACGAUGUCGUUGUCAGGGAUAUCCAGGAUAUCUUGAACCUCAAGAACUUAGAAAUCAGACCAGAAGCCACACCUGCAGAAUCAGAUGCGUCCUUCGGCCCCCAACUCCCCCCAAACUUCGACCCUCCAACCAGCCCGUUGAGCAUUGAGGAAGGAGUCGAGAUUCAUUUUCCUGUUCCCGUUGGCCGUCAAAAAAGCUCAUCGGAAGAGACUUCGGAGAGCUCGAAAGAUUUAUCCAAGAAUCAAGAAUCGCCGCACGACCUGUUGGACCAGAGCAGCGGAAACAUUUCGAAAGAAAGUUUUUCUUUUGUGGACGAAACACGUGACAAGGAGCUUGACUUGGGCAUUGAUGCAAGGAUGGAAAACGCUUCGUACUGGAGUGAACCUAGGAGUGAAAAGGAGCAAGUAAAGGUUCGAACUGACGAGGAGAAUUCCGACGUUGAAAUCAACGGCGAUGGGGUCGAUUGCGAGUGGACCGAUUAUGAAGAUGAAAUUUGCAAAAAGGAUGAGCUUGGCAGUGAAUCGUCUGAAUUAUCUGAGCCAGAAUCAAUCGAGAAGAUUUACGGUGAGGAAAUAGAACCUGACUGGAAGAGAGAUCUUCAAAAAAGGGUGGAAGAAUCAAGAAGAAAUGACAUGGAACGGAAAAAUGAAAAGAAGGCACAAUCUCCUGCUGAAACUAAAACAACGAAGAAAGUUGAAGAAAUCAAGAAGGUAGUUGUGGAAGAAGACGAGGAUAUUUUCCCUUCGCGAACAAAAAUGAUGAUCCGAGCGCACUUGAUCUCUACUAAAGGAGCCACUGCCUGGCAACUUCGGGGCUUUCUUGAGAGUAACAUGGGAAUGCGAUGCGGAACUGUUGAAAAAUUCGAGAGAGACCUUAUGCUCUGCCCAGAUCUCGUCAGUGUAAAGGGGCUGAAUCCGAAAGGGGAUAAAGUCUGGGUAGCCCAAGCUUCGGAAAGUACGUCGCACAUAGCUCAACUAGUUGGAAAGUCAAAAGCCGAAAAAAGCACGAAGAAGAAGAUGCUUUCAAAAGUCGUCAAGCCUCCGCCGAAAUUCUCCCCUGUAAUAAGCAAGCCUGUCCCGAAAUCUGCUGAUACUAAGUUUUCAUUCAAGAAAAAUAAAGCCAAAUACUCGAACUACAAGAGUUUCAAGCCACAAAACGGUCAGAAGCAAAAGCUGGAGAAAUUUGACGUUGACGAUGAAAUCGACGACGACAAGAGGAAAGUCACCUUGACUUCAAAAUCAAGGAAGAAGGAAACUCGACCCAAGACUUUCUAUUCCGAGGACAGUGACGAUUCCUGGGAUGGAAACAAUAAUGAACAAAACUUGAAAUGGCCCAGUCAGGAGAAGAAACCCGAGUUUCAGGGCGGUCAUUCCAAUCAGGAGAAAUAUGAUCGCGCACGAACUGCUUUUGGCAAUUCAAGCAACAACUGGCCCGCGAAGAAAAACUGGAAAGAUGCUCCAACUUCGAAGCCGAAGUAUCCUGAAAAUGAGGAUAAAAAUUCGGUGAAGUCGAAAAAACCGGAAGCGUCUGCUGCAGCCGAAAAUGAUGAUUCUCUUGUUGAAACGGCGCGAAAUGUCACCAGCGCUGUAACAGACCACCUCAAGGAGCAUCUUUUCGAAGAGUGUUUUUUCAACGGAGGGACGAUCCAUUACGAGGAGCUACGCCAAAGCGUCAACGAAAAAUUCUGCAGGCCGCCCUUUUGUUUUGAAAAAGCGACGAGCUACAAGUUCUUCCAGAUCCUUGGCUUAUAUUCCAAAGACUUUCUUGUCGACGGAAAUUAUGUCGUUUUGCUCAACCCAGAUGGAACACGAAUGAAAAACACCCUUGAUGAUGGCUGUGGACGAUGCUCAGAUACGCUCGAUUCUUUCCGAGAAGACAUGGAAGAAAUGAGAAAAUCGAUCAAAAACUUCUCGUCUGACAUCUUCAUGAGACUCAGUCAACAACAUUAUCAUAUGGCAACCGCCGGAGGAGGAAUCCCGCCAGGAAUGGUCGCCGUCUCGACUCCUGGAAGCCCGUCAACAUUCGCCCGAGGCGGCUACGUUUUUCAUCCCGUACCGUAA